AUUCGCAAGUAAUUAGUAACUCUAGGCUAGAUGGCAACAAGCAAAAUCCAUGAAGGUAGCUCGCCAGGUUGCCGAACUUGUUUAGGGAGGCAAUGCAAUAUCGCCAUGUAGGCAGCCACCGAGCUAGUCAGUUUGGGAAAAGUAGCAAUCUAUUAAUGUAGCCUCCACGUUUGUUCUGUCAUUACUGGGCAUCGUAAGGAUGCUUCCACCACAGCUGUCCUUCUACGAUACAGAUCCCUGCUAAUUUGUCUCACUAAGUAUUAAGAAGGAAGAAGGAUUUUAUGAACCAGGCAGUCAGUCACAGGAACGCUGCAUGCUGGGAUAGGUCCCCUUGUGCACUGCACAGCAAGCCCUCUGAAACCAAGAUGGCAGAGAUUAUUUUAUGGAAAACACCGAGUGGAACAGGCCCGAAAUGAAACAUCAGCUCCCAGCCAAAGCAAGAAAACAACCCGGACCGCACCUGCAGCAAUAACAAGUAUUGGUGAAUUCGUGUUCAGAGGGACUUGUACACCCACACAAUACACACGCUCACGCACAACUGAGAGAGAAAGUCUCGUAUGAAUUCCGCCGAGAAGCAGGACUGUGAGUGUGCGCCACCACAGGCCGAAUCUACCCCUGCAGGAGGAAUAGACAGAUCACUAGAGGAGUCUGACGGCGAAAACCCUCAAGCAGGCCGAAUGAAGCGAGCUGCUGCAAAGCAUCUAAUAGAACGCUACUACCACCAGUUAACCGAAGGCUGCGGAAGUCAGUCCUGCACGAAUGAGUGCUGUGCUUCCUGGCCCGGGUUCCGUCGCAUGGAUAACAAUGCGGCCGCCGUCAAGGCCCUCGAGCUGUACAAGGUUAACACCAAACUCUGUGAUCCCCAUCCCUCCAAGAAAGGAGCCAGCGCCGCUUACCUAGGGAACAGCGCCAAGGGACCGCGCCACAACUCCGCCUGCAGCGACCGGAAGAUGAACCGCAAGGCCCCGCACCCCGCCAGAGACGACUUCAGAGACUUGAGUUUCCUGACGGAGGAGAAGGUGUACGAGAUCCUGGACUCCUGCUCGGAGAAGGAGGACUACUCGCCCCUGAUCCGCGUCAUCGGGCGCGUCUUCUCCAGCUCCGAGGGCCUGGUCCAGAGCUUCCGCAAGGCCAAGCAGCACACCAAGGAGGAGCUGAAGUCCCUCCAGGCCAAGGACGAGGACAAGGACGAGGACGAGAAGGAGAACGCCGCCUGCUCCGCCGCGGCCAUGGAGGAGGACUCUGAGGCGUCCUCCUCCAGGACGGGCGACGGCGGCACGCCGGGGGACAACAACGUCCAAAAGCUGGGGCCCGACGAGGUGUCGGUGGACGUGGAGGCGGUGCGCCGGGUCUACGAGAAGCUGCUGUCCAACGAGAAGGUGGAGGCGGCCUUCCUCAACGCGCUGGUGUACCUGUCGCCCAACGUGGAGUGCGACCUCGCCUACCACAACGUGUACUCGCGCGACCCCAACUACCUGAACCUGUUCGUCAUCGUGAUGGAGAACAGCAACCUGCACAGCCCCGAGUACCUGGAGGUCGCGCUGCCGCUGUUCUGCAAGGCCAUGAGCAAGCUGCCGCUCCCCGCCCUGGCCAAGCUGACGCGCCUGUGGGCGCGCUACACCGCCGCGCAGCUCCGCCGCAUGACCGAGACCUUCCAGCAGCUCAUCACCUACAAGGUGAUCAGCAACGAGUUCGGCAGCCGCAACCUGGUGAACGACGACGACGCGGUGGUGGCCGCCACGCGGUGCCUGAAGGUGGUCUACUACGCCAACGUGCUGGGCGGCGAGCUGGACCCGCCGCAGGACGAGGACGAGGACGACGAGCCCGUGGCGGAGUCCAGCGAGCUGACGCUGCAGGAGCUGCUCGGCGACGAGCGGAGGAACAAGAAGGGGCCGCGCGUCGACCCGCUGGAGACCGAGCUGGGCGCCAAGACCACGGACUGCCGCCGGCCGCUCGUCCCCUUCGAGGAGUUCGUCAACGAGCCGCUGAACGACGUGCUGGAGAUGGACAAGGACUACACCUUCUUCAAGGUGGAGGCGGAGAACAAGUUCUCCUUCAUGACGUGCCCCUUCAUCCUCAACGCCGUCACCAAGAACCUGGGCCUGUACUACGACAACCGCAUCCGCAUGUACAGCGAGCGCCGCAUCACCGUGCUGUACAGCCUGGUGCAGGGCCAGCAGCUCAACCCCUACCUGCGCCUCAAGGUGCGCCGCGACCACAUCAUCGACGACGCUCUGGUCAGGUUGGAGAUGAUCGCCAUGGAGAACCCUGCGGACCUGAAGAAGCAGCUGUAUGUGGAGUUUGAGGGGGAGCAGGGCGUCGAUGAAGGAGGGGUUUCCAAAGAGUUCUUUCAGCUCGUUGUGGAGGAAAUCUUCAACCCUGACAUUGGAAUGUUCACGUACGACGAAGCCACUAAGCUGUUUUGGUUCAACCCGUCGUCGUUCGAGACCGAGGGCCAGUUCACCCUCAUCGGCAUCGUCCUGGGCCUGGCUAUUUAUAACAACUGCAUCCUGGACGUGCACUUUCCCAUGGUGGUGUACCGCAAGCUGAUGGGCAAGAAGGGGACCUUCCGCGACCUUGCGGACUCUCAUCCGGUCCUUCUCCAGAGUCUGAAGGAGCUCCUGGAGUACGAGGGCAGUGUGGAGGAGGACAUGAUGAUCAGCUUUCAGAUCUCCCAGACCGACCUGUUCGGAAACCCCCUCAUGUACGACCUGCGGGAAAACGGCGACAAGAUUCCUGUCACCAACGAGAACAGGAAGGAGUUUGUGGCUCAGUAUGCAGACUACAUGCUGAAUAAGAGCGUGGAGAAGCAGUUUAAGGCCUUCAGAAGAGGUUUUCACAUGGUCACAAACGAGUCGCCUUUAAAGUAUUUAUUUCGCCCGGAGGAAAUUGAACUACUUAUCUGUGGAAGCAGGAAUCUAGAUUUUCAGGCACUUGAAGAAACGACAGAAUACGACGGAGGCUACAACAGAGACUCCCGCAUCAUCAGGGACUUCUGGGAGACGGUGCACUCGUUUGGGGAGGAGCAGAAGAGGCUGUUUCUGCAGUUCACCACCGGCACGGACCGAGCUCCCGUGGGGGGGCUGGGCAAACUGAAGAUGAUCAUCGCAAAGAACGGCCCCGACACAGACAGGCUGCCCACGUCACACACCUGCUUCAACGUGCUCCUCCUGCCGGAGUACAGCACGCGGGAGAAGCUGCGGGAGAGGCUGCUGAAGGCCAUCACCUACGCCAAGGGCUUCGGCAUGCUGUGAGGGGACGGGGCGCCCAGGCCGCACGCUGCAAACCGCCAAACAAAAACACAGAGAAGCCAACCAAGCGAGGAAGGAGAGGGAGAAUUUGAGCGGGAGAGCGCUGUCAGCCCAGUCUCCACCGCUGCGUUCCAGCUCCAGUCGGGCCGAGCCGGAACCACAGAGAAACCACCCACCGAUCAAACACUUAUUAUUAUUAUUUUUUUUUUUUUUUUUUUUUUGGGGUCCCUUCUCUUGUGACUUUGUUGCAUUUCCCCCCCCCCCCACCCCAUCCCCCCGGUCCUUCCUUGUCUGUACAGAAAGAUUUUUUUCUCUAUUAUUUAUUUCACGGGUUAAAUCAGAUCAGUUCUUUUCCAUGUCUGUUGAAAGGCUACUCGAACAUCUUUUUCUUGUGGGGGUGGGAGAGGGGGACGACGGGAGGGGGAGGGAAAAAACAGUAUUUGUAAAAAAAAAAAAGAAAAAAAGAAAAAGAAAAGCGGAAUGGAAAUCGGGUGGAGAAAAAUGUAACCUUGUGGUCUCCAGCUCUGUCACGCCCACGCAGGGUGGUUCUCCAGGCGGGUCGCUCUGCUCCAGGUGACUAGGACCCACCGUGUUUGAGAAAAUGCUGCUGUCUGAUCUCCCAUAGAGCCAUUGAGUAACGGGAGGGAUGUCCGUAACACUGAGAAUUCACAGAGCCCCUUAGCCCCUUCGCCAUCGCUCGCUCCUGCCCCCGACCCACGGUCUCACACACACACACACACACACAGCCGCCACGCACACGCACACACACACACACACACACACACACAUACACACACGCACACACGCGCACACACACGCACACACGCACACACACACACACACAGCCGCCACACGCACACACACGCACACACACACACACACAGCCGCCACACGCACACACACGCACACACACACACACACAGCCGCCACACGCACACACACGCACACACACACACACACACAGCCGCCACGCGCCCGGCCAUGUUUGGGCCUUUUACAGUUCAUGGUUGCAAAAGGGAUAGAGAGGACUUCUGUACGAAAAAAAAAAAAAAGAAAAAAUAUAUUUUUUCGCCCCUGCAGGAGUCCCGAGGAGUAAAAGAGAUUGAUGUGUUGUUGUCAUGCGUGUGAAAGUGCACUUAAGAAAAUUCAGAAUGUUAGCAAAGUGCAUUAUUUACUGCCUGUUACCGUAAUGGUUUUUCUUUUUUUUUUCUUUUUUCUUUUUUUGGUAAACAUCAAAACAUCAAUCGAAAGUCUUCCUUAUUUACCAGCAGAUUUAUUUCAAGGCACCUAGGGUUACUCUGAGAAAUAUAUUUUAAAAAAAGAAAUAAAAAUAAAAAAUAGGUGAAGUAUGUAGUUUGGAUGUGCUGCCCAAACCGAUAGACCUCCCUCAUAAGGGCUGUUGAAAUGAUACGCUUGGUAGGUACAACCCUACACACUUUUCCUGGGAUUAAUUUUCAGAAACCGCUCUCUCGGACCUUAAGAUGUCAUUUAAAUCUAGCUGGUCAAAGGUAUGUAAUUACUGUUUUAGCAGGGAACAGCGAUACGUGCCAAUUUAAAUGCAGGAAGAAAGCUGCCAGAAUUCAUGUUCACUGUGUUUGUCUUGGGCUCUGUAUCUAUCACACAACUGCAGCCGAGAGACACCAUUUUGGCUCCUACGUUUGGCUGGUGUCCUACGACUUGAUUUGCGUUGAAGGUGUUUUGUGCUAUGAGAAUUGGAUUGCAGCUUUGACCCGCACAUAUUUUGGAUUGUUAAUUAAAAAGAUGUUUGUCUUUCUACUGUUCAGACGGCAAAACAUUCUCAAUGCUUUUUUGGAAAGAUUUCGUAAGGAAUGUUUUUUUUUGUUUGUUUUUUUUUCGGACUCUAGAUAUUAAAUAUUUUGAAAGCCAGUGGUGAAAUGCCAUCUACAAUAGUA